AUGGCGCAAAUAAACCAUUCUGAUCGUCUUAGAAGAUUCUUUGAACAGUUUGAUGGUGCAUUGCAAGAACUUUCAAACUUGGAAAACGGCUCUGAGUAUGUCAACAACAUUGAACCACAACCGACAUCGCCACAUUUUCAGUACCCUUCUGAGGAGCCUUCGUACGAUAAUGUUUUCAAGUUUUUACUGGUCGGAGACAGUGAUGUUGGGAAGGAUGAGCUGUUGCAAACACUUGAACCUUCGUACGAUAAUGUUUUCAAGUUUUUACUGGUCGGAGACAGUGAUGUUGGGAAGGAUGAGCUGUUGCAAACACUUGAAGCUGCACCCGGCGAUUCAGAAUCCACUCAAUAUCGGUCGCUUGAUGUGGACUACAAAUCUACUAGUAUUUUGCUAAAUGGCAAAAGUGUAAAGCUGCGCAUCUGGGACACUUCUGGACAAGGACGGUUUUCAACUGUUUUUAAAACGUAUUCACGCGGAGCUCACGGAAUAAUUCUGGUGUAUGACAUCACAUCAAAGUGGUCCUUUGAAUCGAUUGAUCACUGGCGUUCUGAAAUUGAUGAACACGCACCUGGUGUGCCAAAGAUCCUCAUUGGCAACCGUGUUCACCUUGCUUUUCGACGUCAAGUUGACAAAAAACAUGCAGAUGCGUACGCAAAAAAACACAGAAUGGAUCUGUUUGAAGUGAGUGCGCUCUGCGAUCAUAACCUUCAAGAAUCUUUGAAAGAUUUGUCUCGCCAAGUUCUAAUACGAAAUGGCAUGUAUGACAUUGAGCUACCAGUUCCCACACUUCAGGACUUAUGCUAUCGUCGCAUAGUUCAAAAUGUAAACGCUUAUGAGAUCAACAACCUUCCAAUACCUCCCGUUUUAAAGUCAUACCUGCGGUCCUUCUCUUCGACUCUUGAAUCAAACCAGUCUUUUGAAAAGCAG